GGUACCUGUUGUCCUUAGAAUGGUGCCAGAGUUCAGUCUAUUUUACUAUGGCCCAUAACUAGAUAACUGUUGUUAGCAUUAUAUGCAUAUCUUAUUCAUGAUCCAAGAACCAUGUUAUUCAAGUUCUAUUGUUUCUAUCUCAUGUUCUUGACCAUUUUCAUUAUCUUGUCAUCAUUGAGCUGUGUUAGUAUUUCAGAUUCUGAGUCAGAAUCUUGGUUUAUGCACCAAUAUGUAAUACAAUCUCAGAGAAAAUUUGAGCAGAAAACCAACAACUUUUGGGAGUAUGAUGAUCAAUCCAAGAGUUGGGUACAAGUAAAUUUGCCUUAUGACUUAGUUUCUUGUUUCAAUGAUAACUGCACAAAAGCCAAUAGAAUUAUUGAUCAGAUUACUAAGACUAUUAUUCAAGAACCUGAACAAAGGGAGAUAUUUACAAAAGUUAAGGAUGAGGAAAGUUGUUCUUAUUCAAAUCUUCCUUUGAGAAAAAGCUUUUCUUUGACAAAAAUGUCUGAGAUAUCUAUUUGGAUCACUGGUAUAAGUGGAUCAAUUUAUGAAAGAUUUUGGAAUGGAUUGCAGUGGGUAAUAGCACCUCAUGAUUUGCCAUUAUCAGCAGGAUAUGCAGUUUCUGUUUUUAUUGUCAACCAGACAAUUCUUGCUUUAUCAGAAUCAGGAAACCUUUAUCAGUUGCAGUUAAGUAAUGAUCAGCCAGUUUGGAUUGAUAUUACGCCACCAAGCGAUCGCCAACCAAGUACAGAAGCAGAACAAAGUGCUGUAAUUCAAAUUGUAUCAGGAGUUGUCUCCAAUGAUAGGAAGAGAAUAUAUUUCUGCACGAAGAAUGGAACUUUAUUAGAACUCUCUGAGGUUGAUUCCCUAAGGUGGAUAGAUCAUGGAAAACCUCCAGGAGGAAAUGUUGCAGCAAUCGCGGAUGCAUCUACAUUUAGAUCAGAAGUAGUAUUUACUAUAAGUACUUCAGGUGAUCUUUAUGAAUAUGAUGAGAGAUCAAGACCGUCGUGGAAGAAGCAUAUAAGAAAAGAGUCUUCUGCUCAAAAUACUUCUCUGAAACCAUCUCUAGGCUGCAGUUUGCAAGGAGUGAAUGGAGCUGUUUCAAAAUCUCUAUUUCUCUUGACUAAGGGAGGAUAUUUGAUAGAGAGACGGUUACAGCAAAGGAAAUGGAAAUGGAUCGAUCAUGGAAAUCCGAAAGAUCAUAUUCUCUCUUCCAUUACAUGUCUUUCUGAAGUAAACUUGGCUGAAAAUGCAAAUUCAUUGUUCCUAACAACUGCAGCUGGUUACAUUUUUGAAUAUCGAAUUCCAGAUCAUUCAGGCACUGAACAAGUUGAUGAUAUUACAGAAAGUUGGAUUAAUCAUGUUUAUCCUCCUCAUGCCAAGGCUGCAAGAGGAAUUCCAGGAGUGCAAUUACAAACUGGCAGAAUUAUUUUUCUACUUGAUGAUGGUAGGCUUGGAGAACUUCACCUGUCCGGCCUCGGAGGUGAAAAUUCCGGACCACAUUAUCAGGUUAAUGCGAGAAGAAAAUCAUCACAGAAAUAUGUCUGGUCUAUAAUAGAUGCACCAGAAACUGAAGGAUGGAAUGCAGAAUAUUGUACUGAAGAACAUGGACCGUCGAAUUGCAUUGCAGGCAUCAAAGAUGAAACCGCUGAAAUAGAUCUCACAACAUCAAACGCGAGAAGGAGAAGGAGUAACAAAGAACAGCAAAGUUACAUAUCAAUUGAUAUAUCAGCUAAGAAGGCUGCUGAAACUGAGGAAGAAUACAAUAUCCCGGACAAAUGGAUCAACACAAAUUUCCGUCUGAGGGUGAUGCAUGAGGGGAAAUCGUUCUUCCUAAUAACAAACGAUGGUAUGAUUUUCGAGAAUCUAAAUUCUGAAAAUGUCUGGUUCUGGCUUAGACAUGAUCAUUCAACAGCUAUUAGAGGUGCACUUGGAAACUAUAAUGGAAGUUUGUUUUUGGUUGAUGAGCAAAGGAAUUUGCUCAUCAGAGAAAGAAACGGCGAUGAACUAACAUGGAUAAAUUGCACUGCUAUGAGAAAAGGAAGACAAGUAAUUGGAGGUCCUCCAUGGGAUGAUCUACCAGUGAAAAUUCGAAAAGUUACAAAAGAAGAUGCACUUUUCUUUGUGAGCAUAAGUGGGAGAUUGCUACAAUUCACAGUUGCACUGAGAAAGUUCAAAUGGAAAGAUUGUCGAUAUCCAGGCAACGAGAAGAUUGCAAGCAUUGCUGAUCAAGAGCUGCUCCGAGAGAACGUGGUGUUUGUCAUUGGAAGGAACGGACGCUUAUAUCAGUAUAACAAAGUCACCGGAUUAUGGCACGAGCACUACCAGUCUCAACAUUUGGUUCUAUCGAAAUCUCCUGGAACUGCAAUGAGAUUAUCUUCACUGUCACUACAGGGUUCUCUUUUCAUGCUUUCGGAAGAUGGUGGACUAGUCGAGUAUCAAUGGAAUCCGUUUUCCAACGGAUGGAAUUGGAUAGAACAUGGAACGCCUGAUCCAAGUGUUAUCCUUGUUGGUUCACCAGGACCAUGUUUCAAAGGUGCUCACUUGUUCUUAAUAGGUUCAGAUGGGAAAGUUUAUCUUAGGUUCUUGGACAAUGGGACAUGGAAAUGGAGAGGCUGUGGCUUUCCAUAUAUGAAAAAUAAAGUCGAGGAAAAUGAAGAACAUGUUUCUGACCCUCAUGAUUGUAAAGAAACUUGUACUUACGACGAUCUUGCAGCUCGCUUAGAGAAAAUUGAAGAAAACCUGCAAGCUUUAAACAAAAACUGUGACUCUAAGGUGGCAUCGACAAGACCAAUUGCUCUUACUGAAGAUUCAGUCAUAUUUGAGCUCAGAGAUGGCAGAUUGGCAGAAAUGCGACGGAAUGGAGAUACAGAAUGGAAAUGGUCGCGUACAAUUGGCACUCCUAAUAGCCUCUGUAUAUCAACUUUCUGGGCAACUUUAGCAUCAUAACAUGAAAACACAUUGUCAACAAUAGCUGCAGGACAGGAAAAUGAUCAAGAAAAGCAAUAACUAUACAUGUAAAUAUAAAAUAUAUACAAGAAAACCAACAGAAAUUAGAAAAUAAACAAACUUGUACAGUUUAUAAACGUAUCUCUUUGUACAGAAACUGUAUUAGAGUACUAAAAUGCUUCUAACUC